AUGUCCUUCGAAGUUUUUGCUUUUAUUUUAGGGAUAAUUAUCAGCAUUGCUUUGAUAUUUUUCGCAAUAUGGAACGUAAGUACAAGGAUGUGCCCAAAACUUGGUGUUUUCUUGCUUCCAACUCAAUGCUUGGUCUCUCCUUUCCCUGUAGAUAAUAGCUUUUGACGACCUCAGGACUGAUUACAAGAACCCCGUAGACCUUUGUAACAGUUUAAAUCCGGUGAGUUUAUGAACUUAUAGCUAUUUUUAUCUCCAUCGAUCUUUGAUUGGUUAGUAACAAACUGUGUACAUCAGGUUUAUGCAUGAAACGUCUAUCAUAGAGAGUCAUACUUCACUAAAGCAUGUAGACGUGUUCUGUUAGUUAAUUGGGCCGGGCCGUAAACUUACAUGUAAGCUUAUCUAAGUUGAUAUUUCUCGCAAUAUCAUUACAAAGCUAAAAGUUUUUUUGAAACAGCGUUAUUAUUAUAUUUAAGAUUCGUUUUUUUAUGGUACAUGUAUGUAUUGAGGGUCAUUGGCACUAAACAAACUCGAUGUUAGACAUUUUUUGCUACAACGAACCUGUAAAAGCUUAAGUUUACUAUAUAGCAAAUAGUGCAUUUAUUUAUUAUAUAUAAGUUAAAACACCUGCGAUGUGUUUUAUAUUUGAAAAAUUAUGUAAAUUAGGACAAAAUCAAUCAUAAUAAGGCUUUUUUCAAGCACAAUGUAGCAGUUUAUAACUAUUAAGUUGAACCAACAGUUUAUUGUUUAUAACAAUCUUGUUUGACAGCUUGUUUUACCAGAAUAUGGAAUCCACUUGUUCAUUAGUUUACUUCUCUUGGCUGGGGGACAGUGGACUGCAUUUCUUUUUAAUCUUCCUUUAAUAAUCUACAAUGUUCACAGGUAAAUAUAGCAAAAGAAAAUUAUUAAACAUAACAGUUAACAAAAAUAUUUAAAUCUUGAUUAACCAAAAAAAUUAAUGUACAUGUUUUUACAGUUCUUUUUUGCCUUAGUAGACAAUAAUCAACUUAAGAUGAGACGAGCUGGGCCAGUUACCUUUUAUACCAGAAGAGCCUCUCUAUGGGUCCCUUCGGAUGUUGAUCGCAUCGUCCGUCUUCCAUCAAAUCAUCAGUUUUUCAGGCAAAAUCAUCACAUCAAGAAUUAUUUUGUGUGGCAGUGCUAUUAGCAAGCUCAGCACAACUACAAUGAUGAAGGAAACAAGAAAAUAAAGAAAGCAACAGGUUUAAUAAACAGAACAAAAACUCUGCACAUGCAGCACACUUUUUGGCAGAUUUCUUUGCAUUUAUUACAUGGAAAACAUUGUCAAACUUGAUUGGCAAUGCGAUCAUCUCUUCAACCCUUAAGAUUGUCACUGUAUUAAUAGGGCCAGGAAUAGUCGAGACUUCAGUUUUGUCAAAAACACCCAUGCAGAGGCUCAGAAGAUCUCAUUACCUAAAAAAAAAAGAUUUUUAAAAAAUAGUCACCUGAUUGUUUAUUUCCUUAUUUCAGGUAUGUUAACAGACCAGUAAUGAGUGUUCCAGGUCUUUAUGAUGCCACAGAGGUUAUGAACGCAAGUGAAAUGUCUCGCUGCCAGAAGGAAGGAUGGAUUAAAUUAGCAUUCUUUCUCCUUAGCUUUUUUUAUUACCUCUACAGGUAA